AUGCGUGUCGCCGGUAGAUGUGUCAGUGGUGAAGAAGAGACAAUGUCUCCAGCUCAGUGUUUGAGAGAGUUGGUCACGGAGCAACUAACUGCUGCUGCUGAUCAAAUAUUGAGAGUGUAUGAAAAACCUGUCGUCGAGUACGAGGAAGAGAUCGACCGUCAGCGCAGACUGCUGGACAUGGUCUGGAGACCCGAGAGGAAGCUCCACAGGACCCAGCUCCCACAGCAACAUGUCUGUAAGGAGGAGGAGGUUCUCUCUGAGCAGCAGCUCUGUGACCAAGAGGAGCCAGAGCCUCCACAGAUGAAAGAGGAACAGGAAGAACCAGUCAGCAGUCAGGAAGGAGAGCAGCACGUACUGAAGCAGGAGACUGAGGCCUUUAUGUUGACUCCUACUCAUGAGGAAAAUGAGCACAGUGAACCAGAACCAAACAGUGACCAGCAGCUCCUCUCUCACUACUCUCAUGUAGCUGAGAGCAAAGAUCAGAGAGGAAGUGAACAUGUGGAGCCAGGAUCAACUAGAAAUGAAGAGACAAAGAGAAAAAAGAGACGUCACAAUAAUACAAGUCACAGUGACAAUGUAGACAUCUCUCCGACAACAAAGAGUCACUGUAACACUCACACCGAGUUUGUUAACAAGCAACUAACUGCAGCUGCUGAACAAAUAUUCAUAUUCUUUGAAAAAACUUUCGUUGAGUACCAGGAAGAGAUCGACCGUCAGCGCAGACUGCUAGAUAUCGUUUUGAAACCUGACAUAAAGCUCCACAGGACAGAGAUCCCACAGCAACAUGUCUGUAAGGACGAGCCAGAGCAACCACCUGCGGCUGAUGAGGAAAAACAGUUAGUCACUGAGAAUAUUAUCAUCAAGUUCAAUGAAGACAUUCAUCAGCAGCGCAGACUGCAGGAUUUCGUCUGGAAACAUGAGAGAAAUCUCCACAGGACACAGCUCCCACAGCGACAUGUCUGUCAGGAGGAGGAGGUUCUCUCUGAGCAGCAGCUCUGUGACCAGGAGAGGAACUCCAGUCUGGACCAAGAGGAACCAGAGCCUCCACAGAUGAAAGAGGAGCAGGAGGAACCAGUCAGCAGUCAGACAGGAGAACUGCUUGUACUGAAGCAGGAGGCUGAGACCUUUAUGUUGACUCCUACUCAUGAGGAAAGUGAGCACAGUGAACCAGAACCAAACAGUGACCAGCAGCUCCUCUCUCACUACUCUCAUGAAGCUGAGAGCCAAGAUCAGAGAGGAAGUAAGCAUGUGGAGCCAGGAUCAACUAGAAAUGAAGAGACAAAGAGAAAGAAGAGACGUCACAAUAACACAAGUCACAGUGACAAUGUAGACAACUCUCCGACAACAAAGAGUCACUGUAACACUCGCACAGAUAAGAAGCCGUAUACUUGCAAGGAUUGUGGGAGAGCUUUUAGAUUCCGUAGUACCUUAAAGGUCCACAUGAGAGCUCACACAGGUGAGAAACCGUAUUCUUGUGAAACAUGUGGGAAAGGUUUCAGCGUUAAGUCAGCUGUGAUCGUCCACGUAAGAACUCACACAGGUGAGAAGCCUUAUUCUUGUGAAACAUGUGGAAAAUGUUUCAAACAGAGUGGUGAGUUGAGGGUUCACAUGAGAAUGCACAAAGGUGAGAAGCCAUAUUCUUGUGAAACAUGUGGGAAAUGUGUCAGUACGGGAUCAAACUUAAAUUUGCAUAUGAGAGUCCACACAGGUGAGAAGCCUUAUUCUUGUCAAACAUGUGGGAAAGGUUUCAGCGCUAAGUCAGAUAUGUUGAUCCACGUAAGAACUCACACAGGUGAGAAGCCUUAUUCUUGUGAAACAUGUGGGAAAUGUUUCAAUCGGCGUGAGAAGCUGAAUGUUCACAUGAGAGUCCACACAGGGGAGAAGCCAUAUUCUUGUGAAACAUGUGGGAAAUGUUUCAGUCAGAGAUCAAACUUAAAAUCUCACAUGAGAGUCCACACAGGUGCGAAGCCAUAUCCUUGUGAAACGUGUGGGAAAGGUUUCAGCACUAAGUCAGAAAUGUUGGUCCACGUAAGAACUCACACAGGUGAGAAGCCUUAUUCUUGUGAAACAUGUGGGAAAUGUUUCAGCACUAAGUCAGAUAUGUUGGUCCACGUAAGAACUCACACAGGUGAGAAGCCUUAUUCUUGUGAAACAUGUGGGAAAUGUUUCAAUCGGCGUGAGAAGCUGAAUGUUCACAUGAGAGUCCACACAGGGGAGAAGCCAUAUUUUUGUGAAACAUGUGGGAAAUGUUUCAGUCAGAGAUCAAACUUAAAAUCUCACAUGAGAGUCCACACAGGUGCGAAGCCUUAUUCUUGUGAAACAUGUGGGAAAUGCUACCGGACGCGAUCAACCUUAAAAUCACACAUGAUAAUUCAUACAGAUUAAAAGUUGUAUACUUACUGAACUUGUGGCGGAACUUUCACACUCGGUGCUGAAUCGACAGUGAACAUGAGAAAGAGCCACACUGGUGAGAAACCACAUCACCACAACACCUGCGGGAAAAGAUGCUUCAGUGUGUCUCAGUAAGGAAGUCACAUGAGAUCACAGACAGUACAGUGACAUACCUUGUUUAUAAAAUAUGUGGGAGAGAUUCAGUUGUAGUGGUUCAUGGACAGAACACAAGAAACCACAGAAGUGAAGAGCCCCACAAUCACAGCUGAUGUGCUCAAAGUUUGAAUUUCCACAUGAGCAAACGUGAAAAUGAAAUUUGUAUGGAGACGAGUUCAUCUUCAUUUGACCCUGUGACUCAUAUUUCUGUUUGCAGCAGUAUUUCUUCGACUGUAACCUUCCAAAUCUUCACAGUGACUUUAUAGAUCAUACAAAUGUUAUUAGGGCUCUUAAAUAACUAUUUCUGUAUAAUAUUUCUACCCUCCACCUCAGUUAUAUGAGUGGACCGUGAACUCUGAUGCUGAACCUGAGAAUCUCCAGUUCUGUUGCGUCACUCAUUUCGUCAUCAUUUUGCCUCCAACAUGUCCUUUCAUUUUUUUAUUUCAUGUUUUUUUCUAAUAACUGUUUAAUUUGACUUAAUGUAUAAUUUGUUUUGGUGUGAUCUUGUGGUUGAUGAAUAUAUAUAACUAAUUGUGUCUUAUGUUGUUUUUAUGUUUUUUUAGCCACAAACUGAGAGCAAUUUUUCUGUCACUGUGAUAGUCUAUGAAGUUUUUUUUAAAUUGAAUUGAAUUGU